AUGCUGUGGAGCGAUACCGAUCGUUGGUCCAUCCUCUACGGCCUCUUGAUGUACUACCACGCCAUCAUUCGUCAACAACAACAAGCGCAGGAAGGAGGGGGAGCAGCAGGCUUGCUGGGAAAGGACGAAGCAUUGAGACUGGAGAGGCUCGCUACGGAGUACUGUCUGAUUGGACAAGGCACCGAAACGCUAGCGGAAGAGAUUUGGCACGAUGCCUUGCUCGAUCAACCCAACAAUGUCGCCGUUUGGUCCCACGCUGCCGAGUACAGAGCUCGCGUGGGAGACGUCAAGAAGGCGAGAAGCACGUACAAGAUGGCCCUCGCCAGGAAUUAUGCGGGAGAGAGGGAAAAGGAAAAGUUGGAGUUGAUGGAGGAGUGGAACAGAUUCGAAAUGUGCUUUGGAACGGUGCAGGAGAUCGAGGUGGUCAAGGCGAGAAUCAGACAGCAGAGGGAAGUGGUGUGGAAAGCAUGGGUGAGUUGCGGUGUUCCCUGUGGCGCCGCGAUCUGCAUUGGCGUGGGACUGAAGCGCUGCGUGCGCUUGUUUCCCAGUACGAAUAUGCGCAAUAUCAGGGCACAAAUUAUACGCAGACCUCGACGCACAACGUGCAGGGGACAGACGAUGCUGCGGCACCCGACGCUAAUAGCCAUGCGGAUGGCGCAGGCCGAAAACGUAAAGCGGAGGAUGAGGAUGCGGGGAUGGAUGUGGAUGCGGCUGGUCCUUCGAGCAUGGGCGGACUUGCGACGACUGGCUCGCCUUCCAGACCGGGUGCGCCUCAGUCCACUUCGAGUGGUCGGUGAGUGUGGCUGAACCAGUGGAUGGAUGGAAUCGAGGCUCACACUCUAUGCGCACCUUGACAGAGACCGAGAGAACAGUUCAGUCAUCGUCUCCAACCUGCCCCUGGAUUGCACGUCUGCAGAGCUGGUUCGCUUUUUCCGCACGUGCGGCGAAUUGCUCGAUCCUGAUCUUCUCCCUCGACCUCUUCCAUCCGGCACAUCGAGCGGACCGACGAGCGCUGCGGCCAUGGUCGAGUUUGUGGAUCGUUCGAGCGUGCCUGCAGCCCGCACGAGGGAUCGAAAGCUGAUAGGAUCCAACGAGGUCAGGGUCAGUCUUGGAUGGGAGUGCACGCUCUUUGUCACAAACUUUGAAGAGGGAACGACGGAUGAGCAGAUCAAGGCUGCGUUUGAAAGAUUUGGAGACAUUUACGAGGUCAGAUGGCCAAGUAGACGCAUCAAGGCCAGUCGGAGAUUUUGUUACGUCGUCUACGCUGUGCCGGUGAGUUGUUUGCGCGUUGGCUUGACGUUUUGGCCCGUGCUGAGAUGCGUUUGGCCAACAUGGACAGGAACACGCCGAAGCUGCCCUUGCGCUCAACGAUCAGCCGUUGAAUUCGAAGCAAUCAUCAGCGGUACAAGUCUUGAUAUCGGACCCCGCACGCAAAGCGCAACGUACAGAUGCCCACGCCGACAAGUGCGAGCUCUUCAUCACCGGACUUCCUCGGGCCGCUACCGAUGAGCAAGUCAGAGCGCUGUUUACGCCGUUUGGAGAAGUGACGGGCGUGCGGGUGCUCAGAGGUCCGAAUGGCAAACCAAAAGGCUUGGCUUUUGUGGAUUACAAGAACGUCUUGGAUGCUCAUCAAGCCGUCGCUGUCCUUUCGAAGCUGGAGGAAGAUGGUCAGCCAAACGCGCGCAUCAAUGGCAAACCCAUUCACGUCUCUUUGGCCAAAGCUGCUGCAUCAUCGACGGGCAAUGCGCUCUCCAAGAGGCUCACGCCUGAACAGUGCGCUGCUGCUGUCAAGGUGCGACAUUUACCCUUUGACGCGCAAGAGGCCAAGAUUCAACAAUUGUUCGAGAAUGUUGCGGGUGGAGUGGGAAGCAUCAGCAAGGUGAAUUGGACUCCUGGUGCGGAAGGUCAAGGGAAGGCCGUCGUCGUUUGCAAAGAUGCGCAGGUGCGUUUGGUCGAUGGUCACAUGCGCUGCUUGAUUUCACGCUGACGCUGACGCUCACUCUCUGCGCCUUGCUUCUCAAGACUGCCGGCUUGCUUGCCCUGCGAAGCACAUUGCUCUACGAUGGACGACCGAUCGAGUUUGUGCCGCUUGGAGCUGAUUUCGGAACAGCGCAAACGUCUGGCAAGUCGGCCUUGUCAGCAGCAGUGCGGCCUUUGCCAUCGGACAAGGACGCGCCGCACUCCUUUGCACCGAGAGCAGCCCUGGGAUUCGCUAGCAGAGCUCGCGGCAGGGGUCGAGGUGGCGUCGGCUUUGGUGCAGCGAGCGCGAGGGGCGCGAUUGCGCAGACCAAACAGGGCAGCGGCGUCAAGCCGCAAGAUGAGAUGAGCGUGGAUGCGCCCGCGUCCGCACCCGAGUCUGCGCCCUCGCAAGCAGAGGCGAAAAGUCAAGAUCAGUUCAGAGCGAUGCUUCGGAAAUGA